AUGCCCACUACGCUUACUCCAUUUCUUUAUCAGACGGGUACCCUCUCAAGGUGCGCCAGGGCGGCAGUCUUGCGAUCCAGCUUCCACACGACCUCCCGGCGGCGUAAAUAUGAGGACGAUAUUAUCCCCUUUGAGCUGCCACCAGAUCUCGAGAAUCCCACAAAGAGACAGGGUCGUCGACAAGAUACAAUCACGCCGACUGAGCGACUUACCUUCGAGAAUAUUUUUAAAGAGAUCGCACAGAAGGGCAGGAAGCCCAAGCUGCCUAAAUCCACCCCGACCAAGAGUCAGGAUGAGGAUAGCAGGGAUCAGACAACCUUCAAUGUCAACUCCAUAAUGGAGGAUGCCGCCUCGAGGUACAGCAAGGCCCAGCCGUCCAUCCGAGGGCUUCACCCGCUAUCCCCACUGGAUGCGACGUACUCGGCAGCCGAGCGAGAGAAGGCCCUGCUGCGGUUUCCGCCCACGCUACGACAGGCUGCGAGGAUGGCCUUCGGCAUGUUCGAAACGGUGGAAACUAUGCCUACAGUCCAGCUGGAAGGUGGCAGAAUGCAAAAGCUUGGCUCGUCGACAGAGUUGGACCCGGUCGAGACAGUUGGGGCUGGAAGCGGGGUCAGAUCAACCGGUGAUCAACUUGCCAAGACAUUGGAAAUCGAAGCAAGGCGCGGCGAGGAGCGACUGCGGAUCAAGACGCGGAUGGAUGCUGCAAAGGAUGACUUUGAACUCUGGGACGCUCUGGAGCAUGAAGUCUUCCCUCUUGUCCAUCGCCUGGGCAUUAAAGACUCCCCGCCAAACCCCGCCUUCAAGCCAAGGAAGGUCAGGCGCUCUAGGAAGAAAGAAUUGCAGGGUGCGACUCACGCCCCCUUGGACAUGGAGGUCUAUGGGCCCAUCUACCCACAGCUCCUGCUGGAGGGUCUCGAGAUGCUCGAUACCAAGUUCGCCCGUCCAUCUCCCUACGUCGCACACCUCCUCCCGCGCGUCAAAGAACUCGGUCUGGUAUCGUACGUCCUCGGUGUGAGCACGUCGUUUUACAACCGCCUGAUGAAACAGCUGUGGAACCGCUAUGGCGACGCCCAGGGCGUGUUAAACCUGCUUGAGGAGAUGAGGCACGCGGGCCUAUAUUUUGACGAGGAAUCCAAGUCGGUUGUCCACCGUAUCGAGAUGGUGUACAAAUCCGCCGACGAGGGAGCCAAGGAUUUCUUUGCUGCAAAGCUGAUGGACAUGCCCGAGUUCGAACCGAUUCUGGCUGGCAGGCUGAGUCAUUGGGUGAGCCACAUCGACCGGAGUAUCAAGGAGAGGAGGCUAGGGCUGGGAUUCUGA